AAGUAAGCUAGGAGUGCUCCUCUGAAAUUUGUAUUUACAGCUUUCAAAUUCCGGUUUACCAUUGCCCUGCCGCUGAGAUUUAAAUCGCCUAGUUAAGUGAAUGGGCUCGCUCUAGCUUCAGCAAAUCCUCCUUUUUGACUAGUAGCAGCUCGGUGCUUAAGUCGAUUGGCCCUGGCAAGGGACGCCGCGGGUGUGGUUGAGGUGUUCCUAGGGAGGGCGAGAGAGGGGCGAGUCAUGUUCGCCUCCAGCUCUGGCUGGGGACUUGGCUGCCUCACGCUUGGUCAGCUCCGAGUGUGGGCCGGUGCUGGGCUCUGGACUCUAAGGGCCUGCCAGGCCAGGCCGUACUGCUCAGCUGGUGGCGAGCGGCGGCUGGGAUCCGAACCAGAGGCCUCUCUGCCUGGCCCAGCGCGCCGGACUCUGAAGGAGUGGACGCUGCUGGUUAGCCCAUUUGGUCGGCUGCGGGUGCGGCUCCCUUGCCACCUGUCUGUGAGGCCCCUGGACCCCCUCACUUACCCCGAUGGCAACCGCCUGCUGGUCGCGGUGUGCGGCGUGGAGGGCGGAUCACUGGGCCUGAAUGACCUGCAGGUGAAGUACGACGAGGCCCUGCAGGAGGUGGCCAUCGUGUCUGACACCGUGGACCCCCAGGCGUCGGUGGAGGUGAACGCACCCCUGAAGUUUGAUUUGAAUAUCAAGUCAUCAGGGUCUGGCUGUGUAAAAGUCCAAAAUAUUCAGUGUGAUAAUUGCAAAAUUGAAACUGAACAGGGAACCAGCAUCUUACAGUCUGUUAAGGGUCAAAAACUACAUGUUAAAACAAAAGGAGGCAGAGUGAUCUCUCUGGGAACAGUUUAUGGAAAUAUAGAUAUUCAUGCAUCAAAUAAAAGUACUGUGACCAUAGAUAAACUGCAGGGAAGUUCUGUUAAUAUAUCUACUGAAGAUGGUUUGCUGAAAGCCAAGUAUCUUUAUACAGAAUCAUCAUUUCUGUCUUCUGCUGCUGGGGAUAUUGCAUUAGGAAGUGUUCAUGGUAAUAUAAUAAUACAAAGUGAGACGGGUAACAUCACCAUAGACUCAUCCUCAGGAUGUCUAAGAGCCUCAACUCAUCAGGGUGCUAUCGAUGUCUAUGUCAGCCAGCUGGGGAAGGUGGAAUUGAAAUCUCACAAAGGUUCUGUUAUUGUGAAGGUACCAUCUUCUCUUCAAGCUCAUUUACAAUUAUCAGGGAAAGAAAUCGAUGUGAGCCCAGAAAUCUGUGUUCAGGAAAUGGCUGAAGCUCAUAAGGAUGAUGGUGUAAUAAUUACUGGACUCAUGAAUCAAGCAAGCAAACAUGAAAAAUGGAUUAAUGUUGCUGCCCCAAAAGGCACUGUAAGUUUUAGAAGUCAAAGCUGGUUUCAGUCCCUGAAACUGCAAGACUAAGAAUGGCUUGAUCUGUACUUGUGCCAUUAAAAUAAUGAUCAGCAAACUGUGACUACAAAAAUGCAACUUCCACUGUUCGUAUAAAUGCUGAAAACAGUGGCAUUAGGAAUUAAUAGUGGUAAAUAGUUUGGGAUUGGGGGACUUUUCAAAAUACUUACUUAGCCACCAUAUUCAUUUUCUAUUGCUGUGUAACAAAUAACAGUAGUCUCCCCUUAUUCUCAAGGGAUAUAUUCCAAAACCCCACAAGCGGGUGCCAUGGACAGUACCAAAUUUUAUGUAUACCAUGUUAUUUCUUACAAAUACAUAUGCAAAUUUAAUGCCUUUGUUAUCUUAAUUAAGCAUUUGUGCAUUAUAGCUCUAACUUGAGCAGUUUGAGUUGCAACAGCAAAACUAGCUUCUUUUUCCUUCUUUACACUUUCACAGGUGAAACAUUUAUUCUGUUUUCUUAAUAUAUUUUUAGUUGUAGGUGGACACAAUACCUUUAUUUUAUUUUUAUGUGGUGCUGAGAAGCAAACCCAGUGCCUCAUGUGUGCCAGGCAAGCGCUCUACCGCUGAGCUACAACCCCAGGCUGAAACAAUCAAUCUUACCAUAGAUUUUACCAGACUUUUUUUUUUAACUUAUAAAUUAUUUAUUUCUGGAAUUGUCAUCAACCAGAGGUAACCGAAACCAUGGAAAGCAAAACCUCAGAUAAGGGGGAACCACUGUAGCACAAAUUUAGCAGCUUAAAUUAAUACUCACUCAUCAGAUCACAGUUCUGUAGGUCAGGAGCCCAGAUGGCUGACUACUCUGCUCAGGAUAUCAAAGGGCCAGAAUCAAGGUGUUAGCAAGGCUGACUUCUUAUAUGGAGUCUCUGAGGAGAAAUCUACUUCCAGAUUCAUUUAGAUGAUAGGUAAAAUCCAGUUCAUUAUGAAUAUAUGACUAAGAUAUCCAUUUUCUUGCUGGCUGUCUGCUAGCAAUCACUCUAAGCUUCUAGAGGCUACACUCAACCUGCUUGUGUGGCACUCAUCAUCUUCAAGCCAGCAGGGACACACUUGAGUCCUUAUCAUGCUUGAGUGUCUGACUUAUUUUUUAAAAGUUGAGAAAUCUCGACUUUCAAAGAUGAGUUCAGGCCCACCCAGAAUAAUUUGUAUUUUAUCAUAUGUCACAUGAUCAUGGGAGUGAAAUUUCAGCAUAAUCAAGAGUUUCCAUUUCCACUCAAGGUGAAGAGAUUAUGCAAAUGCAUCAGUCAUGAAGGGUAUUUAUCUUAGAAUUCUUUGUACUAUACCUCUCAUGUGACAGGUUUUCUACUGAAUAUCUCUUAAACAUCAUUGGAAAUUUAAGUUGUAAAUAAAAUCUUAUAAUUGUGAAGCAGUUGCUAUUGAUUCUUAAUAUCUUUUGUGUAAUGUAAUAUAUAACUAGUUAGGAGAAAAAAAGUUAUUUUAUUGCCUGAUGUAUGAAGAUAGAUUUUCAAUUUUAUAAUGGUGUACUUUAUAAAGUUAUUUUAUGAAAUUCAUUUCUUUUCAACUUUAUUCUUAGAACAUUUAAAUUAUACAAUACUGAAUAGAUCUGUUUAUUGGAUUAUAUUUUUAUGACUAGGAUAAAUCAACUUUUAAAUACUAAAUUUUAAUAACUAUUUUUAAAUUCUGCAAUUUAGAAUAAUCUCCUUUUUGUUACUAUUUCAUUUCUUUAAAGUUCUGUUUUUAACUUCUUGUUUUUUUUGGGGGGGGUACCAGAGAUUGAACUCAGGCACUCAACCACUGAGCUUCAUCCCCAGCCCUAUUUUGUAUUUUAUUUAGAGAUAGGGUCUCACUGAGUUGCUUAGUGCCUCACCAUUGCUGAGGCUGGCUUUAAACUUGUGAUCCUCCUAUCUCAGCCUCCCGAUCUGCUGGGAUUAUAUGCAUGCACCACCGUGCCCAGCUAACUUCUUAUUUUUGAAAUAAAUUCAACUUUGUGGGAUAUCUUAAUGUCUUCUUUUAGUUCAGUCUUCAUGAAACCAGAAUUUGUAUAAGUUUGAAAGAUAUUCAUAUGCUGGUAUAUUUGAGGUGAUUGUGUGUGUGUGUGUGUUAAACUGUCAGGAGAGGAAAAUGUGAGGCAGUAAGGCAAUUUUUAUAAACUUUUUUCACCCUCAUGGAAUUAUAUAAACAUUUUCAUGUCUAAAAAUAAAGUUGAUGAAAUUAGCCAACAACAAGCAGAAGGUCAUGACUAUAAUUCAGUCUACUAUAGCUAUUAUUAUUAUGGCAUUGUACAUAUGGUUCCCUUGCAUGGCUCAUUUUUUCUAAUACCUACCCCUUUUCUUUCAAUUCUGUACCUCUACAUUUAUCUCACCAGAAUGAAUGAAUGGGUCUCUUGUUCUUGUUUCAAGGAAGGUAUUACAGAGUUUGGGAGCAAGCUUUGCCUAUAAAGUAACCUGUUGGGUUUCUAGAAAACAUAACAGGAUAUAUUUUUCCUUGGCCUGGUCUUACCCAUGCAGGUACUCCUUUGGAAACCAACUGACUCUUCUACAGUUGUGUGCAUGAGACAUCUAGGGGUUAGACUUCUGAAGCUAAUUUUUAUGCAACUGCCAAAAAUUUCCAAAUUUAGUUGAAAAUUUCACUCCUACCAUAAUCAUCUUGGCUCAGGUCUUAAGAUUUUCUACUUAUUUGAUUCCUUUGCUGUCCACUCCCAGGAACCUUUCCACUACUUAUUUUAAAAAGCCAAGUAGAGGUGACACACACCCAUAAUCCCAGCCCUCAGGAGGCUUAGGCAGGAGCAUCAAAAGUUCAAGGCCAGCCUCAGUAACUUAGUGAGACCCUGUCUCAAAUUUAAAAAUUAAGGACUAGGGAUGUAGCACCCCUGGGUUAAAUCCUGAGUACCAAAGUGUUAGAGUCUGUAAACAAGUCAGGAUGGCGCCUGGCAAAUGUUAGAGUCUGUAAACAAAAUGUAAACAUUUUGCCAGAGGGAGUGGUUUGUGAAGUAACGCCAGCGAGCGGUUAAGUGUGGAGAGUCCUUAUUGGUUGACUGCUGUAUCGAGUUUAUGCUAAUUAAGAUAAGUUGUGUAAAAUGUAUAAAUACCUCUGUUGUCCUAUAAUAAACGGCUCCCAUUCCUGCUGUA